UAGACCUGCUGUAGAAUGUGAAAAGCUUUCAGAGAAUGUCAGGUCAAUGCUCUCGUAUUAUGCCGAGAGCAAAUACUUCAAGAUGUUGUUAUUCGGAUACCGGCAUCUUAUCAAGAUGCCAAUUAAACCCAGACUUAUGACUCACUUGCUUACAGAAGAAAAGCCGUCUUACCCGUGAUGCCUCGCAAAGGAAUUUCUGACAACUGUUUGUCUCGUCUAUAAUACUUAUAACUGCUUGCUUUCUGUGUAUACUUCAUAUUUAGUCAAGAUUAAUUGAUACUUGAUAAUUCAAUCAUAUAAGUCACGCUAUGAAUUGACGUCAUGUCAGCCAAACCCUGCCCAACAAUUAUCUUAAUCGGCCCUGAAGGUGCUGGAAAAACUACUAUUGGAAAAGCGCUCGCAGAGAAACUCGACAGAGAACUAUUCAGUCUCGAUCGACACCGGAAGGAGCUUUAUGCACCAUUCAACUACGAUGAUUCUCAUGCAAACAAACUAUAUGAACAAGAAGGCGUGGAGGCUCUCUUGAAAUAUUGGAAGUAGUUUGAAUACAGAGCUGUUGUGUAUAUCUUGCAAAAUGCUCUGAAGCCUGGGGAUAGGUUUUACGGCAAGAUACUCGACUUUGGAGCGGGGCAUUCCAUCUUCGAAAAAAAGGAGGAACUAGAUCAUGUUACGGAACUGAUUUCCCCUUAUAAGGGGGUCUUUCUCAUCCUUCCGUGCGAAGACAUCGAUGAGGCCCUUCAGAUCAUGGAGGAACGCAGAGGUCGAGAGUUAAGCUACAACAAAUACUUCUUGAAUCACUCAAGCAACAAGACACUGGCGAAGGCCACUGUUUACACGAAGGAUAAAAUCCCCGAGCGUAGCGCUACUGAGAUAUUGGAAUAUUUAGACGAUUAACUAUGUUGAUGGGGCGUUGAAUGAGAGAAG